AAGACAGAGAACUGUGUCUUUGCCUACUACGGGUUCUUCAUAUGGUGGCAGCACGAACAAGAGAGGACCUGCAAGUGCAUUAGAAAAAUCUUGGGCAAUAGAGGACCGUAAGCACUUGGAUGCUCUAAUUGCUAGAUCAUUCUAUUCUGGAGGGAUAUCUUUCAAUUUUGCAAGAAAUCCAUAUUUUCAACAAGCAAUUUCCUUUGCUUGUAACCGCAACUUGGCGGGUUAUAAAAAUGCCUAGGUACAACAAGCUUAGAACUUCGCUUCUGAAGCAAGAAAGAGGUCACAUUGAGAUGCUAUUGCAGAGUUCAAAGAGCACAUGGCAGGAGAAGGGAGUGACAAUUUGUGCUGAUGGAUGGUCAGAUCCGCAGAGGCGACUACUCAUCAACUUUGUUGCUGUUUCUGAGAAGACACCUAUGUUCUUGAGGGCUGAUAAUUGUGAAGGGCAAGUGAAGACAAAAGAAUACAUUGCUGAGAAGCUGAAGUCUGUUAUUGAAGAAGUGGGUCGUCAAAAUGUGGUACAAAUCAUCACAGACAAUGCUGCAAAUUGCAAAGGUGCGGGUCUUCUUAUUGAAGCUGAAUAUGAGAAUAUAUUCUGGACACCAUGUGUUGUGCAUACUCUCAAUCUUGCUUUGAAAAGUAUUUGUGCGCCAAAACUCCCAAAGAAUGAAGAGGAGGAAUUUGUUUGGAAACAACUUGAAUUUAUACAUGUUAUUAGAAGUGAAGCCCAAAUCAUCAAGAAUUUUAUAAUGAACCAUGGCAUGCGGCUUUCUAUGUUCAAUGAGUUUAGCCAUUUGAAGCUACUAGCUAUUGCUGAAACACGAUUUGCAUCAGUUGUGUGUAUGUUGAAACGGAUGGUGGAGGUAAAAAUACCUCUUAAGCAAAUGGUAAUUAGUGAAGCAUGGGACAUUUACAAAGAUGAUGCCCAAACAACAGCUCUAGUCCAUGACAAGGUAUUGAGUGAGGUUUGGUGGAGGAAUGUGGAGUAUAUACUUAAGAUUACUACUCCUAUCUAUGAGAUGAUACGUGUGGCGGACACUAACACACCAUAUCUUCACUUGAUUUAUGAGAUGUGGGAUUCUAUGAUUGAGAAAGUGAAGAAAGAGAUAUAUCAAUGGGAAGGAAAGCAACCAGAUGAGGAGUCGGACUUGUACUUGGUUAUUCAUAAGAUAUUAGUUGAUAGGUGGACAAAAGGCAAUAAUCCACUUCAUUGUAUGGCUCAUUCACUCAACCCAAGGUAAUAAUCAAUACUUGCUAUCUUGCUUAUGUUUAUAGCUCGAUUGCUAAUUCA